AUGGAGACUUCAAGUGAUGAUGUUGAAAAUGAUAAACCUAGUGCUGUGCAUCGUAAAUCUUCAUCCUUGAUAGGUACUGUCACAGCCGCUGGUCGAUCUUUGGUGUAUCAGUUGACCACGUUUUAUUUGCGUUCACCCAUGAAACUCUUCAGACCAGUUCGUUAUGACUUUAAAGACUAUCUAAAGGUGAUGUUACAGGAGGACGAGAAGCCAUUGAAGGAAUUAACUGGCAGAAGCCGCUUCUGGAACCCUAAAUACACCUACUACCUGGAAAACUCGACUGUUGGUGUUCUUACAAAAGCUGUAAACAGAUAUGGUUGGAAGGUUGUACAUGAAAGGAUUAUACCUCCUAUUGUUUUGAAUUCUGCAGCGGGAAUUGUGCUGUAUACAACCUAUUUAGUGACUCUGGAACGGUUUACAGGCGGUAAGACUGAGACAGCUGCGGUACACAAUGUUGCAAUGGCGGGAUUUCUGGCAGGUACAGCCCAUGCGGUUACAUCUGCUCCGAUAGAUGCUAUUCACAUAAGAUCUAUGGCUAGCAAUGCAACGUCUGCAAAUAACCAUCCCAAGAACCUGUGGUUCUAUGGAAUUGAUAAAUUUAAAGAAAUUGGACUAACGAAAUGUUUUGGGGGAUUUGGCUUGUCAUUAGUGAAGGAAAGUAUCGGAUUUGCUGCAUAUUUCACUACAUUUGAGUGCUUUAAAGGUCAGGUAUGUGAUUGGUUCCUUGCUCGUCUGAAAAGACAUAGGCUAGAAAAGACCAAAGACGCGGAUAUUGUGAUUGGUAAUAGUGAGGUUCUUGGUCAGCGGGAGGUGAAUUGGAUUCAGCGUGCUUUUAUUUUCAUUGGCGGAGUUUCGGCUGCCUUUAUUUUGCAGGUUAUUCAGUUCCCACUGUUGAACUUACAAAAAAUGCAUGUAUCCAGACUUGAAACACUGGAUAUUCGACAGUGCUCCCCUAAUAAUAGUGCGGAACAGGCUGCACGUCUAUUACGGAAAGGUAAGAUGAGUAAGAGUUUAAGUUCUCUUUACUUAUAUUUUGACCUAUAUAGGGACACGUUACACCAGGUUAGAUCGUUCAACAAAAACGGUAAGAUUAUCCCCUCCCUGUACAAAGGAUUUACUAGAAAUACGCUAGCCGUUAUCCCUGGUACAACUGCAGGGCUCAUAUUACUCGAGUACAUGCGCCACACCUUGCAGGAUGAGUAA